GCUGCUGCGUGAAAGUUGUACGGCGGAUCGAGCACAAGCAAAAAGUUCAAGAUACAAAAACAGAAACACAACUAAAUGCUUGAAAUGCCAAACAUUAGUAAACACUGUGACAGCAAGAGCAAUAAAUUAAUAAGCAACUGAAAUUGAAAUUGAAAUUGUACAAAAGCAACAAAUAUACACGCAAACGUAUAUCCGUUUCAAUUAUUUUGGCAAACAUGUUUUUUAAUGCCGUUGUGCUGUGUCAAGUGGAGAAAUUGCUUUGUGCGCCCAUCAGCUUGGCUGUGUUUGCCUUUCUCGUGAUGGCCUGCACCAUGGAGGUGGUGCUGCUAAAGCUUACCACAAGUCCACAAGUGUUUGGCGGCGAUCCGGACGACUGGCCGGAAGCCGAUGAGAGUGCGCAGGAGGAGCGCAUCUACUACGAGAAUGUGGAGAACAACUAUGAGAGCUAUGCGCGCAGACGUUGGCGUUUCCAGCAGCGACAGCAAUUGCUGCUCGCCCAGCAGCAGCAGCAGCAGCAACAAUUAUAGGACUGAAAUUUAUAAAAGUUAAUUAGCUUAGAAAGUUGAAUUUCGUUUUUGCGUUUCCAAAUUAUUUGCCAAAACAAAAUAUUGUUUGUAUACUACAUUUAGUUGUUAUUUUGUGCACGUUGUGUAUUUAUUAUAUGCAUAUAUAUUUUUGAGUGUACGCUGUCAAUUUACGUGCAUUUGUUUUGUGUAUAAUAAAUUUGCAUAAAUUGUAAAUAACUGACAUAAUCAUAAUAUAAAGCUAUAGUUAGCGCUUACAGCAACUAGUAUAUAUAUGUAAUUGUAUUUGUAAAUUUAAGUAUUUCGCACCGACUGCAUACAAGUUGUAAGCUUAAAAUAAUUGAAUAAAGACAAAAUCAAAUUGUAUAAAUUUUAUGCCAGUCAUUGUCGCGCCUAUAAAUCAAACAUUUGUGAAAGCUUCAUGUCUAGACUUUGGCUGUAAGAAACGAGUUUUUCCUUUUAAACGCGAGAAAAGUCUUCCGCGUUUUCACGCUUAUGCAAUUGGCAAGCUGCGCUAGCUUGACCAAUCAUUUUUUCGCCAGUUAAUUAUACGUACGGAUUUGAUAAAUUAAAGCAAGCUUAACCUUCUGACAGUUGCUUAACCUUUUGUCUUAAGCCAAAAUCAAACUACGUCACAAGUUUGUUAAGUUCUUAGCAUAACAGCAAAGUUUUUACAGUCUCUUUGGCCCAUUUAGCGCAAGUAAUUUACAUAAAAUUUCUGU